UAACUUGAAGCUCGAUCGUUUCCUGCUCCCCGUUUCGGUCUUGUUUCAGUAAAGCCCACCACAGGUCAGGACCACUGUUCCCAGUAAACCCAGCGGAGAGACGGUGUGACGACGGGAGUGCGAGGAGGACGGCAGGUUUCCGUUAAAGCACCGGGAGCACCGGGAGGAAGGGCGGGACUGAGAAUGGCGAAAACGUACGACUAUCUGUUCAAGCUGCUGCUGAUCGGAGACAGCGGCGUCGGUAAAACCUGCCUGCUGUUCCGGUUCAGUGAAGACGCCUUUAACACCACCUUCAUCUCCACCAUCGGCAUCGACUUUAAGAUCAGGACGGUCGAGCUCGAUGGAAAGAAGAUCAAACUUCAGAUUUGGGACACGGCGGGUCAGGAGCGGUUCAGGACCAUCACAACGGCCUAUUACAGAGGAGCCAUGGGCAUCAUGCUGGUGUAUGACAUCACCAACGAGAAGUCCUUCGACAACAUCAGGAACUGGAUACGCAACAUCGAGGAGCAUGCGUCUUCAGACGUGGAGAGGAUGGUUCUGGGAAACAAAUGUGACAUGAACGACAAGAGACAAGUGUCCAAAGAGAGAGGAGAGAAGCUGGCCAUCGAUUACGGGAUCAAGUUUUUGGAAACCAGCGCAAAGUCCAGUAUCAACGUGGAGGAGGCCUUUUUCACACUCGGCAGAGACAUCAUGACGAGACUCAACAGAAAGAUGAACGACAACAACCCGCCAGGAGGAGGCGGGCCGGUUAAAAUCACAGAGUCUCGAUCUAAAAAGAGCUUCUUCAGGUGUACACUGUUGUAGGAGGAGCUCCCACUCUCGCCUCCUCCUCCCUCCUCCUCCUCCUCCUCCUCCUCCUCUGGCUGCUGCAGAACUGAACCUCCCACUGCAGGAGGACGUCAGCCGAGAAUCAAACCUGUGGAAAUCAUGAAGACGUCUUCAUGUUGAAUCUGCUCCCUCAGGAGCGUCUCUGCUUUUUAAUCAGCUCAGAGCUCAAUGCUCCCCUCCUGCACGCCUCCUCCUGUUUGUGUUUUUAAUUUGCAUCCUGAGAGGACGCCUCCCCUCCCCCUCCCCCCUCCCCCUUCGAUUUGACGUCUUACUCUAAGAGGACGACGGCUCUCAGUCGAUGCAUCCUCCCUCUUUGAGGACAUCUUAAUCCGAGGAGAACAUUUUUCUCUGAGUGGACGUCUGUGUUUGACUGUUUUUGUUCCGCUAAGUGUCGCAGCAGCUCUGCAGAGUUUUGUUAUCUGCAGGCUGGAGGAAGAAAGACUGGAGCCUGACGAGGACCUGAUCAGAUAAGUGAUAAUCAUUAACGAUGAAUCUUCAGAGAGGACUUUAGACGGUCACAAUCAUCACUAACACGUUUAUAUUUGUGUUAACAAAGACAAAGAUCGGGUUAUUCUACAUCGAAUCGAGUCUAUAAUAACCUCACAUAUCGGGACGUUAAAUUAAGAAUAUGACACAUUUCAAACAAUCGACAAAUUAUUUAACAACUCAUUUCAUGUGACAUUAACGUGUGUCCUCUUUUACCGUUUACAACUUUAUUAUCAAAACUUUUAGUCAUUAAGAUUUUUACAAAUAUAUUUAGUUUUUUAUGAUUCUAUCAUUUCAAUGCAGCAUUCACUUUAUGAAUCUUUCUGAAAGUAUCAACCUGAAGUCUUCAAUCAGCGAGCACUGAAAUAAAUAUGUUGGCAGAAACUCCCGAUAUAUUAUAAACUAUACAGGAUAUAUAAAGUAUAUGACAUAUUAUAUUUCAGAUCUUAUUUUAUCUAAACAGAUAUAAAUAUUAUUAAUGUGACGGCUGCUGCGUUUUGUUUGUUAAAUCGUCUCUGCAGUUCGUUCUCCUCGUCAGAGUCUUUCUGCUGUCAGCUUUCAAACUUCAUACCUCCAACAGGUUUCAUUAUUCUGUCUUCUUCUGUGGUGCAGGAUCAGGAGCUCCAGCCAAACUGGACGUUCUGAGCAUGCUGCACGCUGGUCGCAUGCUGCAUUCAUGUGCUGCUCGGGUGGUCCAAGUUUACGAGUUGGGAAGUCGUUCUUCCGACUUUAGUGUGUUCAGGUGAUUUAAGUUUGGAAAGUCGGAAUGUUGUAACAAAAAGCGUUACUGUAAAAAGUUAUAUUUGAGCAAAACGUUGAUGUGCAAUACCUGAAUUAAUAAAAAAGUAUGUUAACGUUAAAAAAAAAAGGAA